AGACUCACAUCCACAGGAUCCGGAGCUUGUAGUCGGGAAAACCCCUCGGUGGAUAAAUUCAGCAGAGAGCUAAAAGGAAGCGCAGCGCGCUAUUUAAGGCCAUACAUGCGAACGCGUUUUGGAUAAAGCUUGUUAGAGAAGGAUUUUUUUUCUCGAGUUGAAGUUUUUGUGAGGAAGAAAGACUCUUUUAUCAGGUUGUGCGUUUUCCAAUGUGUAUCCUUAAAUACAUGUAUUUGGAGACGGUCGUUUUCUAGGACAUGACGGGGACUCGGUGUCUACCCUGCAAAGCUAAAACUGCGCUGAAUGCGAGGGGAGCCCGAAGUUCAUAAAAAGGGAUUAUUUUGCAUCUGGGUUGCCUGAGACCUUCGGUGCCUCCGGAUUUUACUUUGGGAUUUGGGAUUUAUCGCUUCUCGCCGGGGAUGGAAAGCCGAGAUUUCGCUCCUCCGCACCACCUCCUGACGGAGCGGAGCGCGUUGGUUCACAGCGCCGCUUCUCGGAUGGCGUCAGGCGGCCACGGCUCGGUGCAGCACCCCGCUCACUUCCAGCCCGGGAAAUACUACUCAUCGCACCUCUCCAUGGGUCCGCAUUCAGGUGCUUCCUUCAUGGGUUCCUUCCUGGCCAGCAGUCUCGGGUCGCCGGCCUCCCACCCUCCUCACCCCUCGGGACCCGCUGCCUCCCCUUCCUCCCCCUCCUACAGGCAUGGACCCCAUUCCAGCGCUUCCCCUAUCUGGUUCCCUCAUUCACAUGAAGGAUACCCCAGCUAUUCAGGAAGUCUUGCUUCUCCUUUUCUCCCCAUGAGUCCUCUGGAUCACCAUAGCAACGGCCUCUAUGGACAGCACCGAUUCUAUGAAACUCAAAAAGAUCACUUCUACCUGAGAGGCCUUCCUCCCCAGCCCCCCCUGCUCUCCACCAGUCACAGCCUCCCCCCCCUCUCCAGACCAGGCCACCCACUUGGCUCCUGCAGCCGAGAGACGGACAACGGGGGAGGCGGAGGAGGCGGGAAGAGCACCAAGGACGUCGGCGAGAAAGGAGUAUCAUCCGUGUCGAAGGCGAAGGAGCGAUCGAGCAGCAAGGAGCGGCACCAGGAGAGCAAAGACAAACAACAUCAUCACCACCAAACGAACCCUCCGGCCGGCCACCACCACCAAGCGUACCCCCACCCUCACCCUCACCACGCUCUUCUUCCUCACCUCACAGGCAGGGAGGAGGACCACAGACACCCUCUGGAGCGACACAAGGAGUACAGUGACAGUCAGGAGAAACAUAUGAGUGCCUGUAAACUGUCCAGUGGUGGUCCGACAGCAGAGACGGGAGGAAGGGACAGAUCUCUGAGCAGCUGCAGUGGUGGAGCUGGUAGACCUCCAUCAGGCAGGCGCUGCUCCAAGGAUGGCUCUGUAAACGGGGAGAUGAGGAUCAGCGAAUCCUCAGCUUCUUCUUCCAAUGAAUGUAUGAGAAGAGGUGCAACAUCGGCCAUAUUGGCGCCUCCAAACCCUCACUCUGUGACUUCUUACUCCAUGCCUCCUCCACCCCCUCCGCCACCUCCUCCUCACGCUUUGCACAUGGGCUCCACAGGGUGGCUACACCAUGCACAUCACCACCCUCAUCCGGAGUUUUACUGUCCCCCAGCCCCUCUUACCCUCACGCCCUCCAAAGAUCCAGCAUCUGGAGGGUCCGGCAGAGACGGGAAAGCAAUCAACCCGACUUAUGUACCCUCAGCUGGGCCACUUGGAGACCUGUCCGCCUCAGACUGUCGUGGAGCAGGAGGAGGUGGAAGAAAGUCAGAUGAGAAGAGUGGAGAAGGAUCCUAUGACAGUUCCUCUCAUCAUCACAGUCGAAUGAGUUGCCAAAAGAAGGACAAAUCCCAGCCGCACCAGCAGCAGUUGGGAUAUGGAAAAGCCGACAAACCUCCCGACUGGAGCCACCAGACGCAGCACUUCAACAAACCCAACGGGCAGCCCGAGCUGACGUCCUGCAGCCUGGACACAUCCUUCAGAGACGUAGAGGUGGUGGACGACGUUUACCGGCCCUCGCUCCCACUCGAGGCCCAGGGGACGCAGCCUAGUGCCGGACAGGGGACAUCCAAGAAUAGCUCAACUCCUUCAUUUAGGGAUUGUUCCCUCUCAGGUCCUGAUGGGAGAUCGGGGUCAGCGUCUCAAAGGGAAGGACAAAAGGUGGCAAGGAUACGGCACCAGCAGCACAGCAGCCAUGGAGGAAGUACCGAAGAGAGGGGAAGAGAUGGAGGACAGACUGCAUCUUCCUGGGGGGCUCAAGGGGGUUUUCAAGAGGACCAGAGGAAAGGCUCCCAUCAUGCAUCAGGUGGUAACAGUGAAGUAAGAGGGAUCAGCUCCAGAGCUCCAAACAGUGACCAGCCUCCACCUCUAUCCCGCUCCGCAACGCACAACGCGGAGGGCGAGGGCAGUGCCAUGAAGAACCUAAUGAACUACAGCUCCCAGCAGCCUCUUCUGCUGCCACAUCGAGGCCCAUUUGGAGGCCUGGGCUGCCUCAAGCAGGGUGGAGAGAGAUCAGAGAAAGGGGACAAGGGAGGAGGAGCUAAAAGCAACACCUCCCAGCAAGACCCUCCCAAACAGUCGCUGCCUCCUCGCCGAGGCUCUGCUAACGAGGGCGAGAGGGGAGAGCGAGGGGGGAAGGAGGCGGGGGAGGCAGGUGAGGGGGAAGUGCGACAGCCUCCGGUGGGUAUUGCGGUCGCGGUAGCCAGGCCCCCCCAUCGUUCCCCAGACAACACCCCCGGACACAGCAGACAGGGCAGGGUGCUGCCCAGCAUGAAAGCAGUAUCACGCCCCAUGUAUCCUCUGGGUCGGGAGGCAGAGGAGAGGAAGAGGAUGACAGAGGAGCAGAUCAACCUUCAUCAUCUGGACAGAGAAAUGAUCAUGAGGGAAAACAAGGAGCGCGUGGAGUUCGCCCGGAUACACCCUUCCAGUAGUUGCCACGGUGACCUGACCUCUCACCUCCUGGUUCCCGGGGGGGCGAGCAGGUUGGGGUCGGACCCGGCCGCUCACGCUCAUCCGGCCCACCACCACUGGAUGCAACGCACAGGAAGUCCCUCCCUCUGGAUGGGACACUCCUACGGUCUGAGUCACGUGGCGAUGAGCCCCGGCUUCCCAGCGGGUCUGCAGCCCGUCAUGGGGUCGCUCACCCAAGACCCCAACUCCCAGCUGGUGGUCCUCCCGACCGAGCCCGGGCCUCAUCAUCACCUCGAUGUGUUGGAGCAGUCAGGUCUGUGGCCCCCUGUGUACGGAGGCAGAGGCCCUCCCUCUCACCUGCAGCACCACCAAGUCUACUCCCGCUCCUCAUUCCUCCGUCAGCAGGAGCUCUACGCCCUGCAGCAUCAGCACCAGCAGCAGCAGAGAGCCAUGGAGCACAUGCAGCGACACUCAAUAGCACAGAGAAAACACGAGGAGCAUGCUAUCACAAUAGAGGAAUCUCCCCAUGAAUCGUCUGUAUCCAGAACUCCUUCCUCUUCGUCCAGCGCCUCCUCUCAUGUGGCCAAACCCUUCUCCCACACCCCCCCUCCACCCAAGACCCCCACCCCCUCCCCGGGGAUGUGUCCCAGCAACCGUCAGUCUCCGUGCUACCACUCCCCGUCCCGGCGCUCUCACCCUCCGAACCCCCUGACUCCCGCACCGAGCCCUGCAGCGGCGGCGCCUCGCUCCCCAGCCCUAAGCCCCGCCCCCUCACACCUCUCUAAGGGGCUGGAGAGGGGCAGUGACCGAGGGGAGGGACAGCCACCGCAGGACUACCCACAAUCCCUAGAGCCAGACCUACCACCUGUUUACACCUACCCUCCGAUCACCAUGGGUUACAAGGCCGGACUCUCGCCUCCGGAAGCUCGAUUGGCCCAACAAGCCACGGUGGAGGCGGAGCCAGCAGAGCCCGAGUCCAAGCCCCGCCCACAUCCGUUCCACAUCACCGUAGAAGAGGAGAGGGGGGAAGAAGAAGAAGAAGAUAGAGACUGCGAAGUUGUGGAAUCCCGGAGUACAGUUGUGAUCGAGGAGAAGGAAGAGAGCAGGGUGGAAGUGAAAGGAUUCUCCGAGCCCAAGAGCGAGAUUUCUGGAUUGCCGCCAUGCCCUUCCCCAGCUCUGAUCCAAGACUCAGCUUGCCCCGCCACGGGCAAAACCCUAAAAGUAGAGCUCUCUCUGGGCUGCCCGGGCCAGAAGGCCGGCCUGGAGGAGCCCCAAAUAUCCAAAGAGAAGGAGGAUGAUAAUAAACAUGGAAUAGAGGACAUGGAGGGAGAAAAACUGGGGCCUGAACCAACAGAAUGUACUGUGUUUGUAGAGGAGAAGGUGGAGGACAAAGAAGGAGAGAAUGUAGAGGUGGUGGAGGAUGAGGAGGAGGAGAAGGAGAAGGAGAUUCCAGGCGAAAACUCAGUGGAAGUAAGGUGUGUUUCUCCUGGUCCUCCCCCCUCCUCUGACACCCUCCUCCCCCCCACCCCGGGCACAGCAGCUCAGACACAAGGCGCCUACAUGUGGAGCCUGGAGCUCCUGAUCGCUGCCACUCUUUGCGCCUCCAGAGAUGCCUUGUACCCUCCUGCUCCUGCUGUCAGGGCCCCCAGCCCCCCCCCACACCACGGCAUGGAGAUACUGGGAGAACUGGCCGAGCUGGAGAUCCAACAGAGGAGCAGACAGAAAGACGCUGAGGGUGAGGACAUGCUGACCUUCGACCUCCACAGUCUGGCGUCGCUGGCGGCCGCCCGGGCCCUGGAGGUGGGGGGAGGGGCUGUAAACGUGGGGGCGGACCGGCAGUGUCCAAUCAGGAAGAGGCUUGACCUGCGCAGAAAGUGCAGCUGGACGCCUCGCCACGAGCCGGUGUGCCCAGUGAAGGGCUCCAUGGAGACGAUGGGAGGGGAGGAGCUGUCCAUGCGUGUCCAGCUGGCUGAGCUACAGCGCCGCUACAAAGAGAAACAGAGAGAACUGGCCAAGCUACAGAGGAAACACGACCACCAGAAAGAGGAGACGUCUCGUAGUCCUGCCCGCCGGGGGCCCGGUCGCCCCCGCAAGCGAAAGUCGGCCCCCGGCCCAGCUGCUUCGGAGAGCUCCAAAAGACUCAGGUUGGAUUUAUUGGAGGAAAAAGCCAGUAAGAAAAUGUCCAAUCACGUCUUCUCCAGCCACAGCUCUGCACAGAUGAAAGCCCGCUGUAUGCAUCGAGGUCGGCCCGGCGCCCUGAGCUCCAGGCUCGCCCGACGGGUGACCCAGCUGAAGCAGAAGGCCCAGCGUGGUGCAUCGUCUUCAGGCAUGCUGCACUGCAGAGGGCCCCCCGGGGAGGAGGACGCCUCCAUGAGUCACUGCAGACAAGGAAUCAAGGACCUGCAGCACGACUGGGCAGCUGGUCAGACUUCGAAGAGGAAGAGGGGUCGAAAGCCCAAAGUGAUGAUGGCCGUCAACACCAACAGAACUCACCACAAGGACGACCGGACCUCCGACAAAAAGCAGGAAGUCAGGGAAGAGAAGAGUGACAGCGAGAGCUCAGAGCACGAGGAGGAAGAGGAGGACGGCAGCUACGACAGCGAAGACGGAGCCGGUGACAUCCAGAUUAGCUCAUCCUCUAAAGAAGCUCCUGCAAACCCUGCCGGGAUUCUGCCUUUUUUAUCGCAGUCCUCCAAGCUCCAAGCAAACCAGAGAGCUGGGAGUAAGAGACCAGGGCUCCCCGGCAUGGAGAGCUUCACCAGUGCAGAUCAGAGGAGAGCUCCCAGAAGGCCGAGCCUCUCCUCCUCAGAAAGAGGACAUCCAGACCACCAGGGGACUAAAAGAGCGUCUCUGCCCAGCUGGGGUGCUUCGUCAGUGGGCUGCAGCUUUGGGGACGGCCGGGGGAACCAUGGAGCUCUGACUGAAGCCAACAGGAGCAGCAAGGAGGCCGCGAGGAGGAACUCAUCGGGAAUCCUGGGAAAGGCUAAGGGCCACGCAGUGAGCCGGCUCCUGCAGAGCUUUGCAGCCGACGAGGGCUUCCGAUUGGAUGAGGAGAGCAGCUUCUCUGAGGAGGAGGAGGAGGAGGAGGAGGAGGAGGAGGAGGAGGAGGAGGAAGAGGAAGAGGAGGAGGAGGAGGAAGAGGAAGAGGAAGAAGAAGAAGAAGAAGAAGGAGAAGGAGAAGAAGAAGAAGAAGAAGAAGAGGAGGAAGAGGAGGAAGAGGAGGAGGAGGACAUACAGUUGAUCCACCUCCCUCCCAACAUGCCUUGCAGAAUACCCGCGCUGCCAAACUGUGUGCUGAGUAAAGAGAUGUUGGUGGACGGCCUGAAGAUCCUCAUCUCCAAGGAGGACGAGCUGCUGUACGCCGCCUGCGUCCAAACUCUGGACCUGCCCGACAUAUUCAGUGUUGUCAUCGAAGGAGAACGAGGGAAUCGCCCACGGAUCUACUCGCUGGAGCAGCUACUACAGGAAGCUGUGUUGGACGUGAGGCCCCAGAGCGAGACCAUCCUCACUGCAGGGACACGAGUGUGUACGUACUGGAGUGAGCGCUCUCGUUGUCUUUACCCCGGAUACAUCCAUCGAGGGAGUCCAGGUGAGGAGGAGAAGGAAGGCAGCGUGAUGGUGGAGUUUGAUGAUGGAGACAGAGGAAGGAUCUCCCUCACAAACAUCAGGCUCCUGCCACCAGGAUACCAAAUCUGCUGUGUUGAACCCUCUCCAGCUCUUCUGAUCUCCCCUGGUUGCCGCGGACGAAGAAGCUCCACCCAGGAGAGGAAAGACACGCCCACAGAGAAACCGGCCAAUGAUGAGACAGCAGGAAGGCCCCAGGAGAAACGACCAGUUGGCAGACCGAAGAAAGUCCACUCUGUGCCAAAGACAUCGAACACGGAUACCGUAACCAAAGGCAACACUUCCUUGUUGAACUGGUCUGCGCCCAAGAAGCGACCUCCGGUUGACUUCUUCCUCUUCAACGGGACGUCCCGUAAGACCCAGAGGAGGAGAGAGCGAGACCUUGGGAUGUUUCACCGGCCCUCCCACCUCCUCGCUCCGCCGACGCCAUUUAAAGGCAUCUUCGGCUCCCCUUUUGCAGGAGACUCCUUCAGCAGCAUCGCCAACAGCUACUCCACCUCCAGGAGCUCUGGAUCGGGGCGACCUGGCUCUUCUGGACCCUCCAUGGGGGUCUCGUCCUCUGCCUGCUCCCCAUCAGUAAACAUGGCGUCUAACAACAGGCAUCCGGCGAGCGAACGCGACAGAAAGCAGUUCCUGGUGAAGCUCGAUCACGAAGGAGUAACCUCGCCCAAAACAAAGAAUGGAAAGGCGCUACAAAGACUUGGAGGGAAAGGGGAUACAAGUCCGGCCUCUGCAGGAGUGCCGCUGCGAUACAUCCACCCUGCCAUGGUGGUGAAAGAUGGGAAGAAGUCAGGAGGAGAGAAAGAUAUCACCGGGGUCCGAUCUGAGGGGGUUUCAAAGGGAUCUCCACCUCUGAGGAAGGAUCUCCUGGCUGCAGGUCUCGGAGUCCAAGAAGGGGAUUUGGACUACCAGAGCGACUGCCCCAGCUCUUACUCUGAGCUUGAUGAGGAAGACGAGGAUGAAGGUCAGGAUGCUGAAGCUCCACGGAGAAGUACAGGGGACGCAUCCCAACGUGGAAGCCGAUUUCUCUCCCGUCUCUCCGCCUGCUUCUCCUCGUCAUCCUCCUCUUCUUCCUCCUCCGGCUCCAUCUCCUCAUCGUCCCUGUGCUCGUCAGAAAACGACUCCUCUUACUCAUCGGAUGAAGAGUCGUCCGCCGUGCUGCUGCGACGCGCCUUACUCCAGCAGGACAAACACAAACACAGACAAAACGUGACCUCUGACCUCCUGAACCCUGACUCCGCCCCCUCCAGCUCCUCACCUCCAGCUCCCUAUAGGGCCAAAGGUAGCAUCUCGGGGUCAAAGGUGAGGAGUGAAAACAGGAAGGAGUUGAUGUCAAAAGGAGGUCUGGUGGCUAACAGUAGCACGGCUAAGGCCCAGCUGAAGAGGAAGGACAGAGGGUCCAGCAGCCACCAUCAGAGGCAGAGCAGCCCAGGGAGCCAGCUGCAGAAAUCUUCCUCCAAGGACCCGGCCAAGCGGCAGCGCAUGUCUUCACCUGAGCCUCUGCCCAGCCUGGCACCUCUUCUGCCUGGACGCCAGCUCUGGAAAUGGUCCGGAAACCCCACACAGAGGAGAGGUCUGAAGGGUAAAGCCCGCAAGCUUUUCUACAAGGCCAUCGUGAGGGGCAAGGAGACGGUGCGUGUCGGGGACUGCGCGGUGUUUCUGUCACCCGGCCGGCCCCAGCUGCCCUACGUGGGCCGGGUGGAGAGCCUCUGGGAGUCCUGGAGCUCCAGCAUGGUGGUCAGGGUCAAGUGGUUCUACCACCCGGAGGAGACCCGUCUGGGGAAGCGACACCGUGAUGGCAAGAAUGCAUUGUAUCAGUCGAGCCACGAGGAUGAGAACGAUGUUCAGACCAUCUCCCAUCGCUGCCAGGUGGUCAGCAGGGUGGAGUACGAUCACCUGACGCGUGACCGUAAGCCCGGCAGCGCGGCCAACGACUUCUUCUACCUGGCGGGGUCCUACGAACCCACCACGGGUCAGCUGAUCAGCGCGGACGGCAUGGCCAUCGUGUCCUAGCACCUCCAGCUAGAGAGAAAUCCAAAAAUGUCUAACCUACAUUCUGGAUCCUGCUUCCAGACCGGAGCUAGGGACGGAGGCAAACCAAGACAAAGAGUUCUGACUCUGCGUGUUGAUCUGUCCCUCGGAGAGAAGGAGCUGGCCACACUGGAUAAAGCCUGACAGUACUGGCACUAAGAGGUUUUGUUCUGGGGAAAAGUCUGAUCCGUGACAGGUUCAACCUCUUUAUCAGAUGUGGACCGAGGCUCCUUGUUGUCGGCAGCCUUCCCUGUGGCUGAAAUAACAGAGGAUAUCGUCGACAAGGAAACUAAAGAACCAAGGACAUGAGCACUUUGGAGUUACAGUCGCUUGGAUAUACUACGGCGGGAGUCUAAAACAAAGACUGACUCGGAGACUUACUGUAAACCGCACUGGUUUGGAGGGUUUUUAAUGGUCUUAUACUGGUAGUUUGACAAUUGGGAGAUCCCCAACAGGACCAAAAAAACACUGUAGUUCGGACUUUGUGUGUGAGAGUGUGAAUGUGUGUUUGCAGAGUGACUGCGAUGACCCUGUUUGGCAUUUAAUGAGCUCUAAGUAAAUAGUGCUUUAGCGGUGAGUGUGUUUGUACUGAAUAUGUGGCACGUGUUCAUCCGCGCUCAUCAGGCAGGGAUGACGUCUCGGCAGUUUAUCUGGAACUCUCUGAAUAUGAAUCUGUCCCGUACUAAACGUGCAGUCCUCAGAAAACCGGAAUUUCUUCUCCUGUCAAGCCAUACACGUCAAUACCUCUCUCUCUCAUACCCACCUAUUGCGGGUGCAGAGACACAUGUACAGGUAGUUGGAUUGUUUAUUUGAGAUGUGUGUGUGCAUGGGCGCUUGUGUGUGCGUGCUUUGUACAGCAUCAUGUAUAAUAUGACAUGUUGUAAAUAGUAUACAUAUAUAUUUGUUGUUUUCUUUUGCAGAGAUUAUUUUAUUUACGUUUUUUGAGGGUGUGUGUGGGUGGGAUCGGGGGGCUUUUGACAGAGGGAGGGUUAGUGUCCUUCUCUCUCAAUGCACUGAACAGGAUUGGAGAUUCGGGGUCAAACUGUACAACUGAUGUGAAGACUUUAAAUAUGUAGAAAGGGUGUUUGGGAAAUGUUUUUCUAAGGAAAUCAGAAAAAGGCUCUUUUUGUCUAAAUUCAUUUUUCUCUCCUUAUUUCACUCCAUUGGGUUUAAAAUGUGCUUUUUUAAUACAAAUACUGGAAAAGAAACCGAGUUUCUGCUGUCCUCUGAUCCUAUAAGAAUCUCCUUUAUCUAUUUCCUGUAUUCCUAUAUCAAAUGUAGAUAUUUAUCUGGCAUCAAAAAAAGAAACAUACCAAAGCACCUGUGAGUUUCAUCGCAUUAAAAACAAUUUAUAUGAAAAAAGACAUUUAAAAAGAAAAA